GGGUCAGCGGGCUGCGUUCGUUUGUUGAGCUGCUUCUCCGCGUCCAUGGACGAGAUGUCGAUUUUAAUGCACGUCUGUACUUUGGUGGUAAAAACCCUCACCUUCCCGUUGCAACUGGCGGAGCUUCUGGGUGUGUGCCGACUCUAUAAGCGCGUGUUUCCUGCCCUCAUGGACAGGCUUAGUUUCGCGUAUAACCAAAAGAUGAGCGAGAAGAAGCGCGAGAUGUUCCGCGACCUGAUGCGCUUCUCCUCACGGGACGAACCGCUGCGCCUGCUGGAGGUGGGCUGCGGCAGCGGGGCCAACUUUCAGCACUACCCGAGCGGCUGCAAGAUCACCUGCACCGACCCUAACGCUCACUUCAAGGAUUACCUGCAGAAAAGCAUGGACAAGAACGACCACCUGGUGUACGAGAACUUCGUAGUGGCGCCUGGGGAGGACCUGAGGGUCGUGGAGGACAAUUCUAUGGACGUGGUGGUCUGCACACUCGUUCUGUGCUCGGUUAAAAACACUCCCAAGGUUAUCCAGGAGGUCAAAAGAGUCCUGAGACCGGGUGGAGCAUUCUUCUUCUUGGAGCAUGUGGAGGCCGAUCCCUCGACCUGGUUAUACUUCUUUCAGCAUGUUUUCCACCCUUUAAUGUACUACUUCGUUGAUGGCUGUGAGACUACUCGUGCCACCUGGAAGCACAUAGAAGCAGCUGGUUUCUCCGACCUGCAGCUUCGCCACUUCCAGGCUCCAGUGUUCUCCCUUAUCAGACCACACAUUGUCGGUUACGGCGUGAAAUAAUGGCAGCACAAACAGUCAGUGCCACGGCUCAAUAGACUAUCAGAUAUUUUUAUAUCACAUCUAUUUUAGCCUCAAAUGUACUUCUAAAGUAACAUUUAUAUUUUCUAUCAGUAAAAUGUUUUUAUAAAUGUAAGACUUUCUUAUGUAAUAAGAAGAUGUCUGUGUUACCGACUACUAAUAUGUAGUACUUCAUGAGAUUUGUGUAAAAGCAUUUCCCUUAAAGGUCUUACAUGAAACAUGUAUUCAAGAUUUGCAAUGUAUUUCACUAAAGUUUGAACCCGGAAAUACCACCAA